AUGGAGAGCAGGGGCAGCGCGAGAGGAGGAGACCGCGACCACCUCGACCACCACCGGCAGGUGCUGCUGCUGAGGCCGGCUGCGGCAUGGAGCUACGCCUCCGCCGGCGGCGGCAUGUCGUGGCCGGCGCAGAGGUCGCCGUCGUCUUCGUACACGUGCGGCUACUGCAAGAGGGAGUUCCGGUCGGCGCAGGCGCUCGGGGGGCACAUGAACGUGCACCGCCGGGAGAGGGCCAGGAUCCGCCACUACUACUGCUCCGCCUACCCCGCGGCUCCAGCUCCGGCUCCUGCUGCUGUCCACAGGGACUGGGUGCCCAACCUCAACUUCUCGCCGCCGCGUUGCCCCGGUGGCGACUAUGGCGGCACAUCCUCGGCGACCCCGCCCGUCUACAGCUUCUUCUCCACCGCGGCGACCGCGGAGGCGGCCAAGGCUGCGUUGGUGGUGGACCUGGAGCUGGGGGUCGGAGGAGGGGGAGGAGGCUUGGAUCUUGAGCUUAGGCUUGGCUGCUCUUGA